UGCCUGGCCCCAGCCCCAGGCAGCCACGGCAGCCUGACUUACCCCAGAAGAAGCUGGUGGCGCCUGACCUCACGAUGACCAGGUGUGCUCUGCUGGUGCUGAUGGUCCUGAUGUUUGGCAGAGUCCUGGUUGUCCCAGUGACCCCUAUCCCAACCUUCCAGCUCCGCCCUCAGAAUUCUCCCCAGACCACUCCCGGACCUGCACCUGCGGCCUCAGAGAGCCCCUCAGCUGCUCCCAAAUGGCCCUGGGCUGCCCAGAGCCACCGCAGCCCCACCCGCCACUCUGGCUCGCGCAUUGUCCUAUCGCUGGAUGUCUCCAUCGGCCUCUUGCAGAUCUUACUGGAGCAAGCCCGGGCCAGGGCUGCUAGGGAGCAGGCCACCACCAACGCCCGCAUCCUGGCCCAUGUCGGCCGCCGCUGAGCCUGAGGGAGAGGGUCACAGUGAUAGGGCUGCCCUGGAUGGGAAGACCUGGAGGUUAGCCACACAGCUGGACAGAUGCUGCCACAUCUGGGCAUAGAGUGUCUGGACACUGCCACAUGAAGCCACUGUCAUGCAGGUCAUAUCACAUCUGAGUGCCCCAUAGAGUCACAGUGUGUCUGGACAGCUUGGAUAUUGGACAUUGCUAAGCUGGGUCACUGCCACAUGGAGUCUUGCCC